AGAGUUUUAGACUAUCGGACUCUGUAACUUUCUGUUUGCUGUCCAAUUGAGUCUGUGGGCGGGUCACUGGGAGUAAAAUGUGGGGUAUUUGGAGCAGAACUAUGGUGAAGGUGGGGAUGGCGAAACCCUGUGGCUUAAUCAAGCCCUGUCACCUAGUGAAGCCUGUAUCAGUGACUCGGGUGACGGGCAGAUACCUGACCCACCAGAAGGGACUGCCCAGUCUGCCUGUCCCCCCUCUGCAGCAGACCUGUGAGCGCUACAUCUGUGCCCUGGAGCCCAUUGUGGAGGUGGAUGAGCUGUCACACACCAAAGAGCUGGUGGAUGAGUUUCAGAAAGCUGGCGGGGUUGGAGAGAGGCUUCAGAAAGGCCUGGAAAACAGAGCACGAAACACUGAGAACUGGUUGUCUCAGUGGUGGGUGCAGGUUGCCUACCUUGAAUACCGAUUGCCUGUGGUGGUUCAUUCCAGUCCUGGGUUGGUCUUGCCCCGCAUGAACUUCAGUGAUAAGCAGGGACAAAUAAGGUUUGCUGCCAAACUGAUAGCAGGUGUUUUGGACUUUAAGACAAUGAUUGACAAUGAGGCAAUACCUGUCGAGUAUCUGGGAGGGAAGCCCCUGUGUAUGAAUCAGUACUAUGAAGUCCUGUCGUCCUGCCGGAUCCCCGGUCGAACGCGCGACUCAGUGGUGAACCAUGCCAAGAGCUCCAGACCCCCAAUACAUAUUACUGUAGUACACAACUUUCAGUUCUUUUCGUUGGCCGUGUACAACAGUGAUGGGACUCCACUGACAGCUGAUCAGCUCUGUAUUCAGCUGGAGAGGAUCUGUAGUGACUCGUUAAAGGCCGACAUGGAGCCUGUCGGCAUCCUCACCACCCAGCACCGGGACGCCUGGGGCAAGGCCUACGUCAACCUCACCAAGGAUAAAACCAACAGAGCAUCUGUGUCAGCCAUCCAAAGGAGCAUCUUCACUGUGUGUUUGGACGGAGCGAUGCCUCAAGUGUCUGAUGACAUGUACCGCAGCUGUGCAGCCGUCCAGAUGCUGCAUGGAGGAGGCAGCCAGUGGAACAGUGGCAACCGCUGGUUUGACAAGACGUUACAGUUUAUUAUUGGAGAAGACGGGGUAUGUGGUGCGAACUACGAGCAUGCUCCAGCUGAGGGCCCCCCCAUAGUGGCCUUGAUCGACCAUGUUGUAGAAUACACGAGGAAGUCAGAAGAAAAGGUGCGGUCUCCCAUGGUGCCUCUGCCCAUGCCCCAGAAACUGCACUUUAACAUCACGCCUGAGAUCAAGAAGGAUAUUGAGGAGGCCAAGCACGCCAUGAACAUACUGGCCCAGGACCUGGAUAUGAAGGUCUAUGUGUUUAGCCACUUUGGGAAAAAUGUCCCAAAGGCCCACAAGAUGAGCCCUGAUGCUUUCAUACAAAUGGCGCUACAACUGGCUUACUACAGGAUGUACCAGCACUGCUGUGCCACAUAUGAAAGCGCCUCCCUGCGUAUGUUCAGACUGGGACGGACAGACACCAUCCGAUCAGCCUCCAGUGCCUCAGCUGCCUUUGUCAAGGCCUUUGAUGAUCCCAGCAAACAGAACACAGAGAAAGUGGAUCUAUUGGAGAAAGCAGUACAGGCACACAGGUCAUAUACCAACAUAGCGAUCGGUGGCCAGGCCAUAGACAGACACCUCCUGGGUCUAAAGAUGGUGGCUGUUGAAGAAAAACUCUCCAUACCUAAGAUCUACACAGACUCUGCCUACGCCAAAGCCUUACACUACAAGCUCUCCACAAGUCAGGUACCGUCCCAGACCGACUGCGUCAUGUGUUUCGGCCCGGUUGUCCCCGAUGGAUACGGUGUGUGCUACAAUCCCAUGAACGAUCACAUCAACUUUGCAGUGUCGUCUUUCAACACCUGCGAGGAAACGAAAGCGGCGCAUCUGGCCAAGGCCAUGGAGGAAGCACUGUUGGACAUGAGGACUCUGCUGGAACAAACCCCAAGAGCCAAACUGUGAAGCUUCUCCAGACUGGGCUAACCUCUUCAUGGAUGACAGGGCCCGUCUCAGUGGUGGCGCCUACGAGUCAGAUCUGAUUAGACGACCGAUGAGUAACAUUUGGAUGACUCGACCCCACACCUGGUGUAAGACUUGCUCCAGUUGGUAGCUUGAACCAGUGAUUUCUCCUCAUCUUAUUGAUCAUCGUGCACUUUAAAUGAGUCUGUGAUAGCUGCUGUUUAAUGAUUGGGAGCCGCUCUUACUCUGGUGAUAUAAUGCACACGCACAUUAAAUUAAUAAUGAUGCAGUUUCUCAGACAUUUCAUUUUAACCCUUAUGCCCUCCUCAAAUUUACACUCGUGACAAAUGUCCAUGCGCACAAAAACUGCUAUUGAGUCACCAUCAAUAUUUUUUUCUGCUUUUUCUUCUCCAUAAAUCUCUUAAACAACUUCAGACGUGUUCAAAACUACCAAACAAUCAAUAAUUUUCAGUAUUUUAACCCUUUUUAUGCCAGUUUAUAUUUGAAUUAUCAAAAAAAUAUAUAUAUUUCCCAUAUAAUUAAUAGUAAUGGGGCUUUGGUGGUGAUUAGUCUUGGAUAUGUCAAAGAUUGUUUUGAUUGCAUUAGCAUUUUUUAUGUUGUGCCAUACAACCAUUCAUUCUGUAAUGUCAGCAUAUCAUUUUGAAGAAAAUUUGUGAUAUUUGACAUUUUCACUGUAUUCCACCAAAUUACACAAUUUUUUUGCAUUGUAGGCCAAUGCAUGUAAUUCUUGUAUUUUUGCCAGUUAUAAUAUGGAGCUUUAUGAGUACCAGGGGAUGUGAUGUGAUGUGUGAGGAGCCCGAGGAGGGUAUAAGGGUUAAAGUCUAAAAUUGAAAUAUAAUUAACAAAAAUACACUUGUUAAUGGAUAUGGAUUGAUAAUUUAACAUCAACUAGAAGGGCACUCAGAGAGCUCAAUGAAAAGUUGUUAAAAAAUCAAAAUGAAUGGUUGCAUUCUUGGGUGAUGCAUAGUGAUGUCCCAAUGAAGCUUCAUGAACCAUUUUCAUUAUUUUCUGAGCCCACUAGAUGGAGCUAUUGGUUUAAAGAAAAAGCCUAAGCAAUGGUAAUUGAGUGUGCUUUCAGCUCUUUGUUGAUCAGAGAGCGCCAUUAAGUGGACUCAGAAAAUAAUGAAAAUGGUUCAUGAAGCUUCACUGGCACAUCACUAGUGAGGCAUGUGAGUUUGAUUCUCUGAAGAAGAUUUGCCUCUGUGGCUAUAAACUGGUUGCCUUACUCUGUGCCUUAGACCUCAAUUAGUGUCUUAAAACCAGUUAAACCACAGAGCCACAUUGCUGUAUCAGGUGACAUUGUGCUUCAUUGCAUAGAACACGGCCAGUGUGGUUUAUUUUUGAUUGUUCCAUUGGUGCGCCAUAGGUCACAUGGUGGAAAAUGACAGGCACACAGAUGAAGUCUUUUAUUGUUCCAGACAAUAUUCCCAGACCUCUCCUUGCAUUUCCUUUGUUGUCACAUGUAAAUUAUGCAUUAGCAAUCCACCAUGACAUUACCUGAUGGUAGUGAUGUGCCAGUGAAGUCUAUUAAUUGCAGUGAGAUGGAUUUUAUACAUUUUAUGUCACUUUUUUGUGACACUGAUGAAUGCAGCCAUGGAAAAAAUUAUUAGACCCCCCUUGUUUUCUUCAAUUUCUUGAUCAUUUUAAUGCCUGGUACAACUAAGGUUACAUUUGUUUGGACAAAUAUAAUGAUAAAAACAAAAUGGCUCAUAAGAGUUUAAUUUAAGAGCUGAUACUUAGACAUUUUCCAUGGUUUUAUUGAUUAUAACCAAAAUCAUUAUCAAGAAAACCAUGGAAAAUGUCUAGAUAUCAGCUCUUAAAUUAAACUCGUAUGGGCUAUUUUUGUUAUCAUUUUAUUUGUCCAAACAGCUGUACCUUUAGUAUUAAAAUGAACAGUUAUUGAAGAAAACAAUUGACUAAUAAUUUUUCCAUGACAGUAAGUGUCUUUCAAUGGGUGCAGAGAUUACAUAACAAAUUAUGUUCUCUUUUUACCUAGAUACCUCUCCCUGGCCUUUUAUUUUGAAGGGCAGUGUCAAAAGUUUGAACAUGGAUACAUACAGUAUACAGUACAGUACAGCCUAUUCAAUUUCUUUUAUUCGAUUUUAUUAAUCCUGUGCUCUGAUUUCCACAUCUAUCAUUACAUUUACUACCAUGUGGCACCUAUUGAGUAUUUGUUUUUUCAUACUAUGCCAGACAAAAGUCAGAAUUUAUUCUUGAAAACUGAAUUUUUCUUGAUGAUCACUUGAAAUUUUUUGUUAAAUCUUUUGAAAAAAUGUAAUAUUGCUUUGUUUAUGUGCCAAGAAACAUAGUUUACUGCAUUCAAAAUGUCUUAUCAAAACAUUUGUAAAUGCAAAAUCAAUUAAUCUUCCUCAGAUAGAGAUUUCUUUUGUCUAAAUCUGUGAAAAAGGUGCCUCCACAGAAGCCUUUCAUCCAUGUUUGUUGUGCAUGCAGUAGGGUUAAUUGAAGACGUGUAAUUAUUCUGAAUGCAGAAAUUAAGCUAAUCACAUUGGUAGGAUAGACUACCUGGAAAACUGCAUAAUAACAUGGAGCAUGUGUUGGGGAUGUUAGUGAUGGUUUGUUGUUCAAAUUGUUCAACACUUUCCAAAUUAAAUGCAUGUUUUCCAAAACACCCGCUCUA